AUGGACAACGGCGCAGAUCUUGAAGUGAUUCAGACCGAGAGUCUCGGAUUCCUCGCCAUCGCUGGCGACGCGAAGGUCCAGUUGACGCCAGCAUGGUCUCCACCGCCCGCUCCGACAGCAUCCCUCCUCAGCGUAGCCUCUCGAAAGGGCCUCGUGGCUGCCGCUGGUCCAGAUGCCGUAUAUAUUUCGUCUACCGAGUCGGCGCGGAAGGCCUUCUCGGGCGAGAAGACUGGGGACACAGAAUUUAGAGCCUUCGAACCCCAAGUCAAGAUACCCAUGUCCAUGCGGAUAUCGCACCUCGCAUUCACCCCAGACGAGCAAUACCUCAUACUUUCAGCCGAACAAGGCGGCGGACUGGCUGUCUAUGAGACGCAGGCGCUGCUACAAGGAUCUUCGCAGGCUGCCUUUGAGAUCUCGACUAGUGGUGAGAGCAUCAGAGCGCUGGUUCCGAAUCCCAUGCCCGAGCUGGCGGAAUUCUGCGCCGUUGUGACAACGAAUGGCAACCUUUUGAUAGCCAACCUGAAGGAGAAAUCGCUCGUCAGCGGUCCAAACGGCCCGGUCGUUCGGAACCAGGUGGCGUGCAGCGCAUGGAGCACCAAGGGCAAACAGCUGGUCGCGGGACUGUCCGAUGGCACCGUCGUCCAGAUGACUCCUGACGGUGCCGAGAAAGCUCAGAUUCCCAAACCAAGCGCGUUCGGGGACGUACACGUGUCGUCGAUAUCUUGGUUAGAGAACCAUGUGUUCUUGGUCAUCUACACCGAGAACUCGGGAGAACCUCCGGCCUCAGAGUACUGCAUCAUCACGCGGCGCGCGCCACCGGGCCAGUCACCCUCUUUCGAAUCCCGGAAAUUGGUCGACCCGGUUCUCCCUUUUGGGAACGAGAAAGCGCCGCACCACACCGUCCUGCGCCUGCGAGAUUACCCGCCAAACAUCCAAGACAUACUCAUUGUCGCAUCCACGGCGCAUGACGGGCUCGGUCUGCUCACCCGCGCCAAGGCACCUUUGGCCAGCGAUGCACCUGCGGAGGCCAUCACCAACGUCUUUACCACAACAGAAUUCACCGAUGACUCCAGGAGGGCUGAGGUGCCUUCAGAUCCCACCGAUUAUUCUGCUACGUAUCCCAUCGGAGUCUCUUUGGAUCUGUCUGGCAAGGAGAGUGUCUACAGGCCGAUCCCACAAGACGAGGAGUACGAACAAUCCCCUGGGCCCCUCCCUGCGCUGUGGGCACUCAACUACAGCGGUGUCUUGUCUGCUUGGUGGGUGGUGUACAAUGACGCCAUUCGAGAGGGCAAGACAUAUCCCGGCAUGGCCGUGGCUGAAGGUCAGCCCGCCGAACAUCCAGCAGCACCUGCCGCCAAGCCAUCGGCGUUUGGAUCGCAGGCAGCAAGCUCUCCUUUCGGCGGAUCAUCAGCGUUCGGUACCACUGCGCCUGCUCUGGCUCCAUCGACUGGAGCGUCAAAUCCUUUCGGAGGAGCGGCGACUGCUUCCUCGGCUCCCAAGUUCGGAGCGCCAUCGUUUGGCGCACCAAGCGCACUUGGAGCUCAGCCAGGUGCUUCAUCCUUUGGCCAGUCUGGCGGGCUAGGGCAAAAGGUUUCACCUUGGGCUACGGCCUCAGCCGGUGGAGCUGCGCCGUCUUUUGGCUCCCCGGGAUUCUCUAGCACUGCGGCGCCGGCGGCCGGGACCUCUGCGGGUGGCAAGGUCUUUGGUAGUGCAGCCCCUGCCAACCCUUCAACGGGUGGCGGUUUUGCGUCAUUCGCCAGCAAGGGUGGCUUUGGGUCUCUGGGCGGUGAUAGCGGCAGCGGCAGCGGCAGUGGCAGUGGCAGCAUCUUCUCCAAGCCCUCCUCGUCGCCGAGCCCGUUCUCUGCGAACGCAAGCGGACAGAGUGUUUUUGGAGGCGGUGGACAGAGCUCUUUUGGGAGUGGGCAAAGCGCUUUUGGGAGCGGUGGGCAGAGCGCUUUUGGGAGCGGAUCAGGCACCUUCGGCUCCCGGGAUACGUCAGGCAACAACAACACUAUAUUCCCUGCAUCAAGCUCGACCCCGAAGGAGAGCUCUGGUCUCGCCUCAACGCCGUUCGUCCUCGGAACCACUUUCAAGGCAGAUCCUGCCUCUGCCAACGACAAUGAGAAGCCCAGUGGCAAAGGUGGAUUUGGUCUUGGAGGUUUUGGCCUGUCACUGGACGAUGCUGCUUCGAAGUCGGCUGAUUCAAAUAACGCGUCUAAAGACGAAGAUAUGGAUGCGCAGACCACUCCGGUCGAGCAAGAGAAACCGAAGUCCAUCUUCGGGCAGCCGCAGCCAAAACAAGAACCGAAAUCCCUCUUUGGUGCGCAGUCCCAGGAAUCGACAACACCAACGUCCACACCCGCGCCUUCGAAAUUCUUCUCUACUGACUCCACGGCCUCCAAACCUAAUCCGUUCUCUGGCCAAGCCAGCACGAGCAGUCCUUUUGGAUCGGCAUCUGCAAAACCUUCCAUCUUCGGAUCCAACAACGACGCAGGCAAGCCAACACAACCACACAACCCUUUUGCGUCGAUGUCUGGCAGCAAACCCAACCCUUUCGCAUCGGCGACUCAGAGCAAACCAAACCCCUUCGCGGUCAAGAGCGAGAAGGCAGAGACUCCAGAGGCCGCAGAAGAUGCACCUCUGCCGCCAGAGUCAACAAGUAAGGCCGUCUACCCGUUUGGAGAUUCCUCGUCUUCUUCUACAGCUUCCGCUAAAUCUGCAGAAGGUACCAAGAAGGCUACCGACAAGGCCUCCCUUUCAGUCGAGGACGUUCCACUACCGCCUGGUUCCCCAUCGAAAGCUAAGGAGACACCAAAGGAUGGCGACGAAUCCUCGUCGCCCCUGUCAGCACAUGGGACUCCUGUUGUGGAGGAGGCCCCUCUGCCGCCCUUUCCCACGAAGCCCAAGCCUGAAGCUACAUCGUCCUUGUUUGGUUCAAAACAAGCUCCAGCGGUCCCUGACGGCUCUGAUAGUGCUGAGGCCAGUUCGCAGGAGGACGGAAGCCAAAGCGAGGAUGAAGGAGACGCAGGCGAGGAUGAGGAUGAAGAAGGCGACGGUGGAAGCGAAGGCAGCGGUAUCGAUGUUGCGAAGGAUCUCAGCCCCAACUCGACAGGUGCUGGCCAAGAUCAGGGCACUACGCCUCAGAGCUCGUUUGGAGGGAUGGGCGGAAGCACCUUCUCCAUGGUCUCGAGGGCGGAAGCGCCACAGCAGCCGCGCUCUUCGCUAUUUGGCGAAAUCAAUCGGAGUGCCCCGGUGUUUACGAAGCCUGCCCCACCCAGCCCGCGCUCCCCAAGCCCCGUUAGGGGAGCGAUCCCACCGCGCAUGUUCCCUGCUGAUGGUUCGCGGUCAGUCAGUGCUCCUGGAAUGGCGUCACAAAUUUUGGGAGGCUCUCGGGCGCAAAGCUCGGGACACGGUGCCAAGACGAUCAGCACAAGGCUGCAGCCGCAAGAAGACCCCAAUGUUGCGUUACAGAGGCAGGCACAGCAGAAGCAGGCCGAGCAAGACGUACAGAGCUUGGAGGAUGACGAGUUCGAACACGUACAAAACUUGCUCGACAGCGAGGUUCAGCCGUCGCUGGACAUCGGCGAGUUCAACGCCUUCAACAGCGUCGCAGCAGACGUCCACGCCUCUACAGUAGCUGCUCAGGUAGAAGCCUUGUACCGUGACAUCAAUGGUAUGCUGGUGACCUUGGGCCUGAAUGCCCGAGCGCUCAAGGGUUUUAUCAGGGGUCAUGAGGAGCUUCACGGCGAGAAGACCAAGGACAAUCUCGCCAACCCUGAUGACUGGGUACUCUGCGAAGCCGAAGACCUCAGCCGUAUUCUCGAUGACAAGCUGGCUCCCGAGUUGGAAGAGGGCCGUCUCCAAGACGUUGACGACACCUGGGACAUGUGCCAGGGUCUUGUUCGGGAGAUGCCUAAGCUCCGCGCGAAACACCAAGAUGUCAAGCGCGUCCUCGACAGCGUUCUGGAUCCCGACCACGCCGCAGCCCAACGGUCCAUGCCCCUGAACGCCGAGCAGGCUGCGCAACAGACGGAGCUCCGCCAGUCUUACGCCAAGAUGAUCAGGCUCAUGACCGAUGCUGAGGGCGCGUUGACCAUGCUUAAGACGAAACUCGCCUCGCUGGGCGGUUCUUCUGGCAAGUCUGCCGCCGUGCCAACGGUUGAUGCCGUCAUGCGCACUAUCACAAAGAUGACCUCGGCGGCCGAGAAGCGCAGCGGCGAUCUCGAUGUGCUGGAGAGCCAGAUGCGCAAGAUGCGAUUCAGCAACUCGGUCGGGCCUCCUAGUCGUGAAGGCUCUCCAUUCAUGACGCCACCAUCCAACAAGAGGCACUCGCUCCUCAUGAGCUCGUCGUCGACUCAGUUCACCCCGUCACCGCGCAAGAGCCUGAUGAACUCGGUCGAAUCGCUCAACGGCAGUGUGCGGGCCACCCCCGGGCCGUCGCCGCGGAAGAAGAUCAGUGGGUUCACAGACGAGGACAAGGAUGUGAUCAGGGGCAAGAUGCAGAAGCGGCAGGCUGUGCUGGAUCGCCUGCGGAGCAAGUUGAUGGAGAAUGGACCGAAGAUGUCGAGGCACGGGGGUGGGAGUUGA